AUGGAUACCAACUUGAACUCUGAGCAAGGAAAGACCCAAUUGCAUGUAGCUGCAUCUACGGGCAACGUGGAUGUCCUGAAAUAUCAUCUAUCUCAGGCGGAUACGAAUGUUGAUCAACAGGACUUGCAGGGAAACACUGCAUUAAAUUUAGCGGCUGCCUGUUCGGAUUUAGAGGCUGUUCGGUUGUUGUUAGAUGCAAAUGCCGAUCCGACGAUAAAGAACUUUGCUGCUAGAGGGCCGUUGGAGAAUGCCAAGAGUACUGAAGUUCAGGCACUACUUAAGAGUCGAAUGUUUGUCACGAAUGAGGACGCUCGUCCAGUCAAGGUGUCUCGACAAGCAUUGACUGCUCAAAUUCAAUCUGCACUACCCAAAGAUCCAGCUACCGUCAGACUCUUUGCAAUAGAUCUAUUCGUCACUGAGGAAAUAAUAUUGGAGCGAUGUCGGGAACUCAUCCGCCAACUAAUCGAAGAAAAACAAAUCGCAAACCACAAAUCCCGUCUCCUUGAAGCAGCAGUCGGUCUCAAAGACAAGGAAACAGCAGAACGAUUCAUGGACCAACUACAGCACUGGCAAGACGAAAACGAACGACAAGCAGCAACAAUAACAUACCUCAAAAUACGCAUCCAGAUGCUGGAGAAUGCAUCACUGCAACAAGAAGAAUAUUAUCGUAAAAACCUGUCUGAUGUGAUACGGCAGCACUCUGAAGAAUUGCAGGCUGCAUUCAAGCGAAAUGAAGAGACUGAGAGUUCGUUGAUGGAGUUGCAGCAAAAGAAUGCAGAGACUACUAUGGAUUUGGCGAGGUUGCGUGCUGAUUUGAAUGUGAAGGCUCAGUCUCAGAGCGAUUUGACUGCUGUUGAUGGGGGUGCCAAGAUUAGACAAGAUAUGGCAAAACUUCAAGCAGAAAAGACAUCUCUGGAAGAGCGAGUCAAGCUGGCCGAUAAGCUCAAAGCAAUCACAGAUACCGAGCUUGCAGAUUUGAGAACUGAAGUUGGGAAGCUUCGAAAUACUCGUCAAGAGGAGAUGUUCAAACAGAUUGAAACAGCAGUAACCACAUCAACUCAUACCGUUCAAGGAGAAUUAGAUGAGAAGGAGGAGACCAACAUUGUGUAUAUCAAGGGAGAGGGUCAAGUGAAACGAAUCAAGUGUGGCACACCGGAGAAGCUUAUUGAGAAGCUCAUUAAUCCAACCAGUUUCGACAAUCAAUUCAUGCAGGCGUUCUUGAUGACGCAUACAGCUUUCAUGCCUUCAAAGGAUGUUAUGAGUGCGUUUAUCACCAAGUAUGCUGAGGCAUCUGGUGACGAUGUGUCAAAGACAUAUUUGAGAUUAAUCAACAGUGUCAAAUACUGGGUGGACACAUACUGGAGCGAUUUCGUCGAAGACCCAUCCCUACAAUCAAUGCUAACAACCUUUGUGGACAGCAUCAAAACCGAAAACAUGGCCAACAUAUUGAAAAAAGUCAUUCAACGAAAACAAACCGGUGCCGAACCACGAAAUCGAAUGGGCACUAACGACAUGAAUGCCGGAAUCAUGGCACCACCACCUAAACCAGUCCUCCCCAAAUUCCUAGCCAAGAAAUAUUCAGACAAGACAGACAAGAUGUUAUAUGGAACCAUGAAUGCUGGAAUGUUGUCUUCAUUGGCUAACGAUGGGGUGGUGAGAACUCAGAGUUCGGAUUCGUUGGGGUCUCAGUCGCAGAAUCAGAAUCAAAAUCGGGUUUGGUCGUUUGGAGCAACGAGAAGUCGAACAUCGGAAGAUGGGGUUCCGAUACCUGACAUUCCAAUCAAGAUUCCGGAUUUGGAUCCGAUGGAGAUGGCGAGACAGUUGACGUUGAUUGAGUUUGAAUUGUUUAGUAAUAUUAAGCCAAGAGAGUACCUUGAUAUGGCAUGGAUGAAAGAGGACAAGGAGGUCAGGGCUCCUAAUAUUACUAGGAUGACGCGAUGGUCGAAUCAUGUCAUUCACUGGCUAGUGACAGAAAUAGUAAUUGUCAAGGAAUCAGCCAAAGCCAGAGCCAUCGUUCUCGAAAAGUUUAUUCAACUUGCUAUAAGUUUAGAAAAACUAAACAACUUUAACGGAGUCAAGGAAGUGCUGGCAGCAUUACAAUCAUCGUCUGUAUAUAGACUCAAGAAAACCAAGGAACAAGUAUCCUCCAAGCUUCUCAAGGCGUUAACGGAUUUGGAAAAGCUGACUGCUAGUGAUAUGAACUACAAGAGUCUUCGUGCCAAGGUUCAUGCUGCUGAUCCACCGCUAAUACCGUUCCCUGGGGUAUAUCAAGGCGAUCUGGUCUUUUUGGAAGAAUGCAGCAAAGAAAAACUAGAGAAUGGAAUGAUCAACUUUAGCAAAUACCAAAAGACUGCUGGAUACAUUACCGAACUACAAACAUAUCAGCAAACACCAUACAAUUUCGAAAUGGUGGCCGAGAUUCAAGACUACAUCAAGCACUAUCCAAUCUUUGACGACGACGUGGCCUACAGUCAUUCCCUACAAUGUGAAGCUCGGGCUACGACGUAA